AUGUUAAAAUAUAAUCCUUCGGAAAGGAUAACGUUGGAUAAGGUUAUGUCAAUUCUUAUUUAAUUUAGUAGCCCUAAAAAAAAAAAUUAGCAACAACAACAAUUUCCAAAAUUCCCUAUUUAACCAGAGACUAAAUUAUUCACACCAUAAAAUUUCCCAAAUACAGGAAAUACAAUUUCUUUAUAAAUUUCAUAAUUACGUGAAUAGUUUAAAGACUUCAAUAAUUAAUAAGCAGAAAAAUCAAAAACAAUUGAAAAUUUAUUAUAGUAACUUGUAAAUUAAAACGAUUAACUUUAAUUUCGAAUACAAAAUUUAGAGUAAAAAUUAGAUGAUUGCACAUCUUAAAUAAGGAAAAAAGAAAAUGGGGACUAGGAUUAAUAUAACUCAUUAUAAAUAUAAAUUCAAAAAUAAGAUAAUUAAUUAAGCAUUAUGACAAAAUAAGAACAAGAAAACAGUAUAGUAAUUCAAGAUUAUUAAACGAAAAUACAAAAUUUGGAAUAAAUUUUAUGCGAAGUGGAAAGAAAGCAUGAUUCUACAAUAAAUUAUUAUUAGGAUAAAGUAAACCAACUGGAAAUAAAGUUGAAAGAACAUAAUAUUCAAGAUACUUACUAAUAAUUAAUUAUGGAUUAGAAAAUAGAAAAAUAAGAAAUAUAAUAAAAUUAAGAAGAGCAGAAAAUUGAUUCUAAAAAUGAAAAUCAUAUAUAGUAGACUGUUAACCUAGAAGAAAAAAAUUAAAAAAGAGAAGCUAGAUUAAUAUUGGAGGGAGAAACAAAUGAAUAUUAACAAUAAAAUAAUUAGGAUAUAAGCAAAAAGUCCUUUGAGAAAAAAAAAUCAUAAAUUGAAGAACUACUGAGUCUAUUAUAAUCUUUAAACCCAGCUACAACGAAAUAAAAAUAUUAAAAUAUUUCCAAAUCAUAAUCUAAUUAGAAAAUAACUGAAGUCAGAGAAAAACUCCUUAAAAUUUUAGAAUAAAUUGUAAGUACAUAGAGUAAGGGCUAAACUUAGUUAAAAAGAUUAAGAGAACUCUGUUUUGAUGAAAAAAAAUUGGAUAUUGCUAAAAUAAAUAAUAUUAUUACUCAGCUUUAUUCUGAAAUUCAACCUUAAUCCUUGAUUAAUUAGGAGAAGUAAAAAAUUUAACCAAUAGAGAAGAAAGUUGAAGAGAAACCUCAUAAAAAAAAUAUAAAAACAAGUAAAAAAUGA